AAACAACACAAGUGUCAGUGAGUGUGUGUUGUGCAGUGUUGUGUUGUUGCACGAGUCGAACGAGUUGAUGGAUUAGCAGAGAACAGUUCACAAUGAAGAAACGUGAUGUAGUGUUGGUGGUGAUACUGAGCUGCGGCGCUAUAGCCGUCCUUUUCGCACUCGCCGUGUACUUGUAUAUGCGGCGGCGGAGGAGAAAGAGAGAGGACGAUGAGGACGGCACGAGUUGCGCCAUCAGAGUGGACCAGGCCGACGGCGGAGGGAAAGGUCUGAACCGACUCAAUGGGUUCCUGAACCUGAAGACUCCUCUCAUCAGCACCAAGACCCUGGGAGCGCAGCUUGAGACAACAUCGACCAGCAGCCCCGGCGCCAAGUCCCCGGCGGGGAGCAGCGCCGGCGCCGCCGCCGGCGCGUCCACCGCGCCCGGGGACCGCACGCCGACCGCGCACAACAAGCAGCUGCAGAAUGUCAAGGGGCAGGACCACCCGCCGCAUCCCAGCAUGGCGUUCCUCCAGAACCGGUCCAUCUCGCUGGUGGACAUGUACAUCGACAACAGCGAGCCGAGCGAGAACGUCGGCCAGAUACACUUCUCGCUCGAGUACGACUUCCAGAAUACCACGCUUAUAUUGAGGAUUAUUCAGGGUAAGGAGCUACCUGCAAAAGAUCUAAGCGGCACUUCGGACCCUUAUGUCAGAGUGACGCUCCUUCCAGACAAGAAACAUCGGCUGGAGACCAAGAUCAAACGGCGAACUCUGAACCCGCGAUGGAACGAGACCUUCUACUUUGAAGGCUUUCCUAUACAGAAGCUGCAAAGUCGGGUUCUUCAUCUUCAUGUGUUCGACUACGAUCGCUUCUCCAGGGAUGACUCCAUCGGAGAAGUGUUCCUGCCGCUUUGCCAGGUGGACCUAAGCGAGAAGCCUUCCUUCUGGAAGGCUCUGAAGCCACCAGCGAAGGACAAAUGCGGCGAGCUGCUGACCUCGCUGUGCUACCAUCCCAGCAACUCGGUGCUCACGCUGACGCUGCUAAAGGCGAGGAACCUGAAGGCCAAGGAUAUUAACGGGAAAUCAGAUCCUUACGUGAAAGUGUGGCUUCAGUUCGGCGACAAGCGCAUCGAGAAACGCAAAACGGCCAUCUUCAAAUGCACGCUUAACCCUGUCUUUAAUGACGCCUUCUCCUUCAACGUUCCGUGGGAGAAGAUCCGUGAAUGCUCGCUCGAUGUCCAGGUCAUGGACUUUGACAACAUUGGGAGGAAUGAGCUCAUCGGACGAAUACUUUUGGCCGGGAAAAACGGUUCAGGCGCCACAGAAACCAAGCACUGGCAGGACAUGAUCACCAAACCUCGGCAGACCAUCGUGCAGUGGCACCGCCUGAAGCCGGAAUAAGUUGUUAAUGUAACAGUCGUCGGCAGGACUCCUGAACUACUGCAAUACACGCGUAUUUAGCUUUAGUCAUGAAAC